GCCCCGGCAGCAGGGACAUGUUUCAGCGGCAGACCUACCGCCGGCCCCCGGCCACCGUCAAGCAGGAGCAGGAGGACGACUCGGACGCGGAGGAGACGCAGCUGGUGCUGCGCAGGGCGGACGGGCUGGAGCCGCAGAUCAUCCACAGCGGACACUUCAUGGUGUCGUCGCCGCACAGCGAGCACCCCCCGAAGAAAGGAUACGACUUCGACACCGUCAACAAGCAGACCUGUCAGACAUACCACUUUGGCAAAGCCUACACGUCGCACUUCUCCAUAGACGCCUCCCUCACCAAGCUGUUCGAGUGCAUGACGCUGGCGUACAGUGGUAAGCUGGUUUCCCCUAAAUGGAAGAACUUUAAAGGUCUAAAGCUGCUGUGGAGAGACAAGAUCCGCCUCAACAAUGCCAUAUGGAGAGCCUGGUAUAUGCAGUAUGUGGAAAAAAGGGAGAAUCCUGUUUGUCACUUUUUAACGCCACUGGAUGGAAAUAUGGACUUGGAUGUCCACCGUCCUGCUGAGGCCAUAGCGACAGAUGGGAGAGGCUGGAAAAGAAGAAUAGAAAUAGUCAUAAGAGAAUACCACAAGUGGAGAACUUACUUCAAGAAAAGGUUACAGAAGCACAAGGAUGAGGACCUCUCAAGCUUACUUACGGGGCCAGAGGAGCAGUUAUGCCUGUUUGGGGAAGUCUCUCCAGACAUGCUCCGUGUCUCCUUUUGUCAGGAUGAAGAGACUGCUGCACGACGUAUGCCUCGUAAGCAUUAUGAAGCCCCUGCCCCAAUGGAGAUGGACCCGCUCUUUGAUAUGGAUGUUCUGAUGUCGGAGUUUUCAGACACUUUGUUCUCUACGCUGGCGUCACACCAGCCCAUGGCCUGGCCAAAUCCAAGGGAAAUUGCUCAUGCAGGAAAUGCAGAUAUGAUCCAACCAGGACUCAUCCCCUUACAGCCCAACCUCGACUUCAUGGACUCAUUUGAUCCACUGCAAGACUUAUUUCACAGCCUCCGUCAGCCUGCCUUCCCCUCUGUUUCCCCCACUGCAUCAUCUGUCACCCCUCUGCCCAGCAGCAGCUCUCAGUCACAGGCCCAGUUAAUGUCUUCCUUGCAGCUCUCAGCCAGCCAAAUCCCGUCCGCUGGCCCCCUGCCCCUCCCCUCUCCGAUGCCCAGUCAGACCAGAGAAACUGGUGGUAGUGGAGCUGGCUAUGUGCAAAACUGCAUGCCCCUGUUUGCCGGGCAGGUGGCUUCCAGCAAUGAAACGGUAGUUUCCUCCGUUUCUCAGCCGUUACGCCACGAUCCCCUGGCACAGUGCCUUCCAGGUCAGAACCUGGCGUCAGCACCGCCCAUGGGUCCCUCAUCCUUAAACAGCACCUCAACGUUGGACGAGACUGUUGCUAACUCUGUGAUUACACACACAACCCCCUCUACUGUCACACCCAGCAACACAGCCACCACCUUCAGCCACAUCUCAGACUAUAGCUCCAUAUCCUCACAGUCGCCGCCUCCUCCAUCCCAGCUCCAACCGCUGGCUUCACGGCCCGCCGCUCCCGUCCGGCAAUCUCAGGCUUUUGCUCUACCUCGGCCUUUUCAGUCAAACAGUGCCAACAAAGUCAACUGUGUGCAAAGGAUUGCUCCUGUUAAAACCCUCCCUUCUUCCCACCUCAUCUUCACAGCCCCUUUCCCAGGUCAUCCCAACGCUGUGAUUGUCACACCCACACCCUUGAAAGCAGAUGUAGUCUCGACGAAUACCAGCAUGGUCAUCACUCCUCAUGCUGGAGCGGCCCCUGGAUUUCACAUGUUGCCUCAGUCAAAGAAGCCUACCCAGCCGAUGGGCCUUAAAGAGAAGUCGUAUUCUUCAUGCUGCAAAACUCAGAAAGCUUCCCCAGGUGGAGCUCACAGUCAGGCAGGAUCAAGUCAAGCAUCGUCUUGUAGCCUGGAUCAAGUUCCCAGUCCCCAGUCCUUAAUAAACAAUAGCAGUAGUAGUACUACCAGUCUGGUAAAAAAUGAGCCAAGUCAGAGUCGGAGGACAGCUCACAUAUCUGCUGAACAAAAGAGACGAUCAAACAUAAAUAUUGGCUUUAAGACACUCUGCAGCCUGGUUCCAACUCUGAAGUCACAAUCAAACAUCACUAAUGCAGUCACGUUGCAAAAGACAGUGGAGCACAUUGGGAAGCUACAGCAAGAAAGGCAGCAGCUGCAGGAAGAAGUCAAAAGAUUACGAGAGGAAAUAGAGGAGCUAAAUACUUCUAUUAACUUUUGUCAGGAACAGCUGCCUGCGACGGGUGUGCCUAUGAGGCAGAAUCGCUUAGACCACAUGCAAGACAAGUUUAAUGAAUACGUGAAGAACCGCACCCUUCAAAACUGGAAGUUUUGGAUUUUCAGCAUCAUUAUCAAGCCUCUCUUUGAGUCUUUCAUCGACAUGGUGUCAACGACAAGCAGAGCAGAGCUGUGUCAGACCACGCUGCAGUGGUUCGAAUGCCAUUGCUCCCUUCCUGUACUAAGACCCAUGGUGCUGAGUACACUCCGUCAGCUGAGCAGAAGCACAUCCAUACUCAGUGAUCCGUCCGUGCUCCCUGAAGAGGCCAUCCAAGCUGUCUCACAUGCAGAUGUGUAAUCAUGCUCUCAGGAGGAGUUCUGUUGACCUCAACAUUGUCGAUAUCAAUCGUUUUAAAAGAAUAAAAACAAAAUGUAAAUAUGUUUUAAUAGUUAUGGAAAUUAAACAAAGUCUUCCACAGAUCCACAAAUUCCCAGCACAAUCAUUGAAACCACAAACGUUACCUGGCCCUGGACUUCUUUGACCUUGAAUGUAGGACAGUCAUGAAUAUGGUUUGUUGUACACUGUUGAACAGAAAUGAUGGAGUAGCUUCACAUAAUCAAGCUGACAAUAUUCUAAAUACCUAUAGAUGUACACGCAACAGCAGGUUCUUAUAGUUUAAUUUUUGAACAACAGGGUGGAUUUAGAUAAAAGCAACGUUUGUAAUAUAAAACACAACAAUGUGUUUAAAAUGUAGAAUAGUGAAUUUCAAUUGAGUGUUUUUUGCUCAGAAGUGUUUUUUGUAACCACGAGAUGAGUUUAAUUUGUAAUAUUUGCCUCUGCAAGAUGGAAGCCUUUUGUUUUACUUUUUGUCAAGAUGCUCUCUGGGGAAGACCUCCUGAGACAAAAUCAAAAGAGCAGCCAAUGAAAGAGAAUUUUGUUUUCCAUCUUUUAUUUACUCAGGUGAAUGCUACAUUGCCAGUUAACACUAGUGCAUCCUCAUGAAUCUGUUCACACCAUCCUUCUGGCUUUUGCUCAUUCUUCAUAUUGCAGAAGAUAGCAAUCAUUUUGGAUAUUUUACACUCAUGGACUUUCAUACAGGCAUAUCGCCGCAGGAUGGAAUAAAAUCACUCACAACCCUCAUAGGGAGCAUAACUGACACUACAGAACAAUAUAGAUUACUGGUAUGUAUACUAUGCUCACAUGUACAGUACUGCAGGAUCUAGUGUGCAGAAGGGGUCUUUUCUAUUCUUUGGUCACUCAGGGCUACAUUAGUGUGUAAAAAGAACAUUGUCCAUUAUCCCAAACAAUCAAGUCAGGACUGUUCUGAGCAGGAUGAUGUGUCGUCUAUAAGGGUACAGUUUGUAUUACAGGGAUUGUUUUGUUUUUCCAUGCCCUUUUGUCACAAUAAUAUUUCAUUUUUUAUGUCAGGAAAAAAAAAAGAAUUACUCUUUCAUGUGAACAUAUUGCACAAAGAAGUGCACCACAAGCCAUAUCAAGGGGGGUUUUACCCCUCUAUGGUACACUUGCUUUGUAAGACAGUCUUGAUGGGAUGCAAGUAAAGCACCAUGCAGAUGCAGCAGGCAUGUGGGACGUACAUCAGCCUCACGAUCAAAGUGUCCUUAUCUGUACUCAUUGCAAACUGAUGUGUUUAGCUUUAGUUUAGCUUUUAAUUGGUAACCCAGCACUCAUCAGGCAGAUAUGGAUUUUGUGAUUUGUAUUCUGCCUUUUUUUUUUUUGCAGAUAUGAGUUUACAGUAGCAAAAAGCAGCAUUUUAAUUGUAUAAUUGUGUAGCUUUUAGCAUGCAGUCUUUGGUUGUUGAUUGCAGGUGUCUUUAAACAAGAUUUUUUUUUACCUGAAAAUUUCUGUUAAAUGUACAUUUGGGAGGGGGGGGGUUAAAAAUUUUGAUUGAAACUUGACACUGUUACAUUACAGUGUACAACCAUGUAAUAUGUUUAGUGUUGCGAGUCAGAUAUUAAAGUUCCCAUGAAAAAAACUGGUAGUGUGCUGUUAAAUUUCUGAAGGGUUACAGAUUAACUGCAAAAGUUUAACCUUGAGAGGUUAACCCACCACAAAAAGCACAAUCUCUUCUGAUUUGUUAGUUUCUGGGACUGCACAAU